UUGGGGCCUGUAAUUCGAAUUAUUCGCGAUGGGGUUUCGAGUAAAGCCAACUCGAUCGAUGAUCAUCAUCUGAUGCUUCUCGAACAUAUUCGAUUCCCGAAAAUAUAGCUGCCCUUUGAUUUCGAUUUAAAUAACUAUUGAGUUAGUCGAUGCUGCUGCAAACAUGUCUUCUACCAUCAGGAAGGAUCUGCUUUCCAGUGCCAAGAAAAGAACUAGUGAAUGGAUUUUUUCCAAUGAAGUCCAAAGUGAUCUAACUGUGAUUGCUGGAGGAAAUUCCUUUUCUCUGCACAAGUUUCCUCUGGUCUCAAAAUGUGGAUACAUAAGGAAGCUGAUCUCAGAAUCCGGCGGCAGAGCCGCCGACCCUUGGACAAUCGACAUCGGAGAACUUCCCGGCGGAGCUGAUGCAUUCGAACUUGCCGCCAAAUUCUGCUACGGCAUAAACUUCGCAAUCACCACAGAAAACAUCAUCGCGCUGCGAUGCGCUGCAGAGUUUCUAGAAAUGACCGAGGAAUACGCCGUCGGAAAUUUAGUCGGCCGGACGGAGGCGUACAUCGAUGAAGUGGCAUUGAAGAGCCUCUCCGGAGCUGUGCUGGUUCUGCAUUCUUCUGAGGACUUUCUCCCCAUUGCAGAGAAGGUAAAGCUCGUUAGCCGUUGCGUCGACACGAUAGCCUUCGUCGCUUGUAAGGACAGCCAGUUCGCCGCCCCGACGAGGCUGGACGAUGUCCUAAACAGCCAUGUUUCCUCGACUGCGCCGCACUGGUGGGCUGAAGAUCUAACUGUUCUUCGGAUCGAUCUUUUUCAAAGAGUCCUCGUCGCGAUGAUCGCCCGGGGAUUCAAGCAGUGCGCUCUCGGGCCAAUGCUCGUGCUUUACGCGCAAAAGUCUCUUCGAGGCUUGGAUGCUCUCGGAAAGGCCAGAAAAAAGAUAGAGCCGAGACAAGAGUACGAAAAACGGGUGGUUCUCGAAACGAUAGUAGGCCUUCUGCUGAGACAGAGGAACACGGUGUCGGUCAGCUUCCUUUCGACGCUCCUACGCGCCGCAAUGUACUUAGAAACGACAGUCGCGUGCAGGCUCGACUUGGAAAAACGGAUUGCAGCGCAGCUCGGGGAGGCGACAAUCGACGACCUAUUGAUCCCGUCGUAUUCCUUCACCGGUGACACGACGUUGUUUGACGUUGAUACGAUGCAGCGAAUCAUGGCUAACUUCAUCGAUUGCUCCGAAACAGGGGAUGACACGUCGGGACACGACGCGAAACAGGACAACGCUCUGUCUUCCUGCAAUGAAAUCGAAAAAGUCGCCGAGCUGAUGAAGGGCUGCCUCGCGGAGAUCGCGUCUGAUGUGAACCUGUCGGUGUCGAAGUUCAUAACCGUCGCGGGGCUAAUACCCGAGCGGUCGAGGAUAACAGAGGAUGGUAUGUACAGAGCAAUCGACAUUUACCUCAAGGCUCAUCCGGCGCUAAGCGAUCUCGAGAGGAAGAAAGUUUGCGGCGCGAUGGACUGCCGGAAGCUAUCGAGGGAAGCUUGUGCUCAUGCAGCUCAGAACGACCGGCUGCCGGUGCAAACGGUCGUCCAAGUGCUGUACUACGAGCAGCAACGUCUUCGGGAAGCCAUGGACGGUGGCCGGAGCGGCGGAGCUCCGGAGAUUCCUCCAGCGGAGGCGUCUAAUCUGAGGAAGGAGAACCAGGACCUUAAGGUCCAGCUCAUGGAGAUGAGAAAUAAAAUGAAGGAAAUGGAGAAAUCUUUGGACAAAGUACUCGUACCAAUGGUCCGGAGUCCGCCGGCGGAGGCGGCAAAGGAGAUGCCGAGGAAGUCCUUCAUCGGCGCUGUCUCGAAGAAGCUCGGAAGGCUCAUUGUCCGGGCCGACACGGGCCUGGUUCUUGGCUCACGGCCCCGGGAAAGAACCAGGCCCGGCAAAGACAGGCGCCAUUCCAUAUCAUAA